GGGGAAGAUUUGGCCAAAAAAUAUAAAAAAACUUAGCGGGGAAGAAACGACCCUUACAUAUGCGUGAAACUGCUGGAAAUCAGCUCUCAUCUCAUAAUCCCCAUCGCCUGGUACGCUAGCUAAAAACAUUGAGUCUUUUUGGUGCGAGAAAAGGUUGAAUCAUUAACAGGAAUCUGAAUCAAUUUCCUUCACGUUCUUGGUGAUUUUAGAAAAAAUGUCUGAUGCGUUCUGCUCCGACUGUAAGCGCCAGACAGAGGUGGUCUCCGACCACUCCGCCGGUGACAUCGUGUGUUCGGAGUGCGGGCUUGUGCUCGAGUCCCAUUCCAUUGAUGAAAUUUUUGAGUGGCGUAUUUUCGCCAACGAGUCUGCUGAUAACGACCCGGUUCGUGUCGGGGGACCCACCAACCCGCUCUUGAGUGACUGCGGUUUAUCCACCGUCAUAGCCAAGCCCAAUGGAACCUCCGGCGAAUUUCUAUCGUCGUCCUUGGGUCGGUGGCAGAAUCGCGGGUCGAACCCGGAUCGAGGGUUGAUUCUGGCUUUCAAGACCAUUGCUACUAUGUCAGAUAGGUUAGGACUUGUUGCUACCAUUAAGGAUCGGGCUAAUGAAAUAUAUAAGAGGGUUGAAGAUCAGAAGUCCAGUAGGGGGAGAAACCAGGAUGCUUUGUUGGCUGCUUGCCUUUACAUAGCUUGCCGAGAGGAAGCCAAACCACGUACUGUAAAAGAAAUUUGCUCUGUUGCCAAUGGAGCUACAAAGAAGGAAAUUGGCCGAGCAAAAGAAUAUAUAGUGAAACAACUGGGUUUGGAGAAGGGUCAGUCAGUGGAGAUGGGAACAAUACAUGCUGGGGACUUUAUGAGGCGAUUCUGUUCUAAUCUUGGCAUGAAUAAUCAAGCGGUUAAAGCUGCUCAGGAAUCUGUGCAGAAAUCAGAAGAAUUUGAUAUAAGGAGGAGCCCCAUAUCAAUAGCUGCAGCUGUGAUAUACAUUAUAACUCAGCUUUCAGAUGAUAAGAAACCUCUCAAAGAUAUAUCAGUGGCCACAGGGGUCGCAGAAGGAACCAUUAGGAACUCCUACAAGGAUCUUUAUCCUCAUGUUUCAAAAAUCAUACCUAGUUGGUAUGCCAAGGAGGAGGACAUUAAGAAUCUUUGCAGUCCUUGAGCUGUCAUAUACCCAUAUAUAACAACCUUGAUGGAUGCUAGUGGAUGAUUUGGUUUUGGAUGUGCUGAACUUCUUUCCAUGGAAUGAAAAUGCCAUCUUUCCUUUGCGGUGACCUACACUGCCCAUUUUUUGUGGUCACAAGUUGAGCUUUCUGUGAGGCCUUAUGCUAUCCGAUCCAUACAUGUAUAAAUUUGAAUGCCCCUGAUGCAAUUUCCACCAGUCAUUGAUGUACAAACGGUAAACGGUGAAUGCAUCCGCAUCAAUACUUAGUUAAAAGUUAUACUAGUCUUUAACAUCCAUUGACUCCCUUGCAAUGCUGAUAGUUGUACUUUUUACCCUUGAGGGCACCGUAUCUUGGAAUUUUGCUUUCUAUA